AUGGAUCACAGCCUUUCUGAUUCCAGCGACUGGCUAGACACAUCACUUCCACCUUUUGCAGCCCUCGAAAACUCCCUACGAUGUCAAGUGUGCAAAGACUUCUUCACUACACCAAUGGUCACGACUUGCUCGCACACUUUCUGCAGUAUCUGCAUUCGUCGCUGUUUAUCUGUCGACGGCAAAUGUCCUGCAUGUCGCGCCAACGAUCAAGCCAGUAAAUUGCGCAGGAAUUGGGCAUUGGAGGAAGUCGUGGGCGCAUUCAAGACGGCUAGACCUGUGGCGCUGGAGAUUGCGACCAAGGACAAGAAGGAGAAGGAAGACGCUCCGACACGGCCAAACAAGAGGAGGAGGACUGAGAGACAUAGCGGAGGAAGCGACCUCACAGUACGCACCACACGGAGUCAGAGCAAGAGGACACAGCAAUCAAACGAGCAACUCGACAUCAUCUUUGGACCAGAAGACGAUGGCAGCGAUGCUGAAUACACUGAAAACGGCGGCACCCAACCAGAAAGAGCGCAAACGCCAGACGACGGUCUUGUUGCGUGUCCAAUCUGCCAAACACGCAUGAAAGAAGAAGUCGUCUUCAACCACAUUGGAACACCAGCCUGCACAUCCCCAUCCCAGAAACAAAGACAACAACCCCCACGUUCCACCGCACCAACGCCACAACCGUCAGCGACUCCCAAACCAAUUCCUGACCGCCUCGCUGAAUUGAACUACUCUCUCCUCAAUGACAAAGCUCUCCGCAAGAAACUCUCCGAACUCGGUAUACCCUCCACAGGCUCAAAAGCACUACUCUCACGCCGUCACACCGAGUGGGUAAAUCUCUGGAACGCAAAUGUCGACGCUGGAGCUCCACGCACAAAACGAGACUUGCUAGACGAACUGAGAAAGUGGGAUCGCUCAAUCGGUCGCGAGCCAGAUUCAUUCGGCACAAGCAAUCAAGUGAUGAAAAAGGACUUUGACGCAAAAGCCUGGAGUACUGGAAACAAAGACGACUUUACACGCUUGAUCGAUCAAGCAAGACAAGGAAGGAACAAACACCAAGCACCUNNCAAAAGCAAGAAGAGACGAAUACUCCAACAACCCAAGAUCAAUCAAAUACCNGAUGCCAUGGUAAUCGAUAACCCAGCCCCAUCUCAAGUCGAGCCAGAAAAGGAUUUACCAACCGGUUACCACGAUGCAACACAACCGCAAGAAAACUUUCCAGAUGCAGAUCAUCCGCCACCAUCAGGACAGCGAGUAGAACCUCCNCCACCACUCUCAAAGGAAACCUCUUUGCCCGAAAAGAUGGGCACGAAAGCGCAGACGAUUAACAUGUUUGAAGUGUCUAGUCAUCCUGUUGCCGAUGUCGAGACUGCGCAAGAAAAUGGUGGGCAUUGA